GGUCUCUCAGAGUGACGUCGAGCGUCACGGAGCACGCCCGCGAGCGCGGCUCCCGCAUCCCCGCUGCCGACAAACUUACGUAAGUUCAAACAUAAACAGUGAAACUUACCAUUGCAAAUAGACAUUACAAAGAUAACAACGGAGCUGACGGCAAAGAUUACAAGUGAAGAAUUGAGCAAAGAAAAUCAAGUGUGUGUUAGUGCGACGAACCUGUGUUGAGUUUGACAUUAGAGUGAUGUUUUCAAUAUUAUAAUUUGCAUAAUUAGGUCAACCAGCCCACAGUUCUUACACGCCGUGCUUGCGAAGUGGCUAUAGGUUCUAGACCGCGUCGUAAACCAUUUGUCGCUUCUUCGUUUUGUGCGGAUUCGGAACAAGAAAUACAUCGAUACGUUUCUGAAGAUGAGCGGGUAUCGUACAACGCGCGGGCCGAAAUGCGAAACGAAAUCAAAUGGAAAGAGGAAGAUCGGAAAGAUUUGUAAUAAAACCUCGAUAAACUAGCUCCGUUGUAACAAUAAAAGCUUUAGAGGUUGGAGUCAGUCAUGCGUAUCGAGACAUCUUGGGUUUUUUAUUUGUUUGUAAGAGCGUGAGUCGUGCGCCAAUGCGAAAGCGAGGCGGGCGCGAGGCGGCGCGUGCGCGGUGACUGCCCGCGCGCAUCAUGCGGCAGCCGGUGGCGUUGCUGCUUGCCGUCGUCUAUGCUGUUACGGCUCAAAUCGCUUGGACACCUAUUUUCCUUGACGGUAGCAGCCAAGUCGAUCUCUGGACACAGACGUCAUCAGGGUGCACCUGCCCCGAAGGCGGAGGGGAGACGUGCGCGUGCUGCGUGCGCGACGGCGCGUGCCCAUGCGGCGAUGUAGCGCCCACACGCUGCGCGCAGUGCGGCCUAGAGCAGUACUGUUCCAAUAUGUGCAACAUCACAAUCGAUUCUCGUAUAUUGAAAAGCAAGUCGGGCAAAACCUUUGGCCAGAUCAAGUCGCCGUCCAUCGAAGGUCCUGGCGCUUGCUCGUACCUCCUCCAGCCUGAUGCGGGGCAGCGAGUCGAGAUACAAAUAUACAGACUGGUUUCUGUUGGAAGAUUUAAUGGAACUAGCUGCGUGGGCGGCUGGUUACAACUUGGUGGUGCGAGUGCCGUCCAAGAUGCGACUGGGGCGGCGGAAACCCGACUAUGUGGAGCAAACGAGCGAUACACACCGCCUGUGGUGCUAUUCGCUGACCACGGAGCUUCAGUUCUUGACUUUAAGAUAACUGAAACAACUGUGAGAUCGCAGUUCUUGGCGUUCUUCAGUUUCACAUCUUUAAGUAAUUCUCAAGGUGUUGGGUUUCAUCCGCGUGGUGGCUCCAGAAUACCACAUACAGAUUGCGAUUGGUUGUACCAAGAUGUGUCGUGUCGCUCGCCCGGCUCGUGCGUGCUGGCUAGCCCCGGGUAUCCCGGCCUGUACCCGCCCCACCGACGGUGCCGCUACUUGUUCGCCACUAAUUCGGUUCACACGAGGGUCAAAAUCAUAUUUACCUCCAUUAUACUGCCGAGGAAUCAUUGUACAACGGACUAUUUGACGCUCCGAGCCGGCAGUUCCCCGUCCGCGCCGCUGCUAGCCUCCCUCUGCUCUGAGCGUAGCGCCACGUUGGAACAUCCUGGACCAAAUCUUUUACUGGAAUUCAAUUCCGGCCCACUCGUCCCUCCAUAUGAUUACAACGGAUUCCUCGCAAGAUUAGAGUUUGUUGAGAAAAUGGAGACGAGUGGUCCACCACCCACAGUGGUCGCAGCGUCUCCACCUCUAGCUGCGCUUACGCAUCUUACGCAUGGGGAUAGGUUAACCAUAGACCACGAAGCGAUAUCAAAUGAGAUUACCAGUAGCGGUAGGAUUGGAUGUGGCGCCACUGUACGCGGGUACGGCGCGGGCGGCGCGCGCUCCGGCCAUUUCGACACCAGAGCAACGGCGUGGCGGUCCCAGUGCGCGAUACACUUGCUGGGCGCGCCCGCUGACGUGGUGCAAGUGUCGCUGUUUAAUUAUAAUUUAAGGUUACAAAGUUGUCGAUCUCACAUUGAGAUCUUGGAGGGACUCCAUGAUUUUGGCGGUAGGGGAGACAGAGCAGACAGAUACGAAAGAGGAGAUAGGGCUCUUCUGAGGGUGUGUGGACCUUCUGUUAGAGAAGCUAGAGAUCCUUCUGGAAGGUUCCUUGUUCGUCAGGCUGUUACUUCGAAAGGUGCUAACCUUACGAUCUUAGUUCGAAGAGCAGCGUCACAAAGUGUGGAUGAAGAGGAAUUUGUUGAUGGUGCUUUUGCGUUUCAUGAUGAACAACACGAAGGCACAGUGUCACCAGACGCAACGUGUGCGUCGACGCACUAUGGUCUCGCUUCGCCGGCGCACGGCGGCGUGUCCGCGCCGUCGCAUCAUCACAUAUUCUGGAAUAUCGAGGAGAGACUCUUAUGCACUCACCGGUUCAUACCCGCUGCUAAUCAGAGCGUAACAAUAGAGAUACAGCGGCUAGAGAGAAUGUGGAGUGCAGAACCAACAGGGCUAGUUGUGCCAGGGGCUUCUGGAUGCAGGACGGCGUGCGGGGACGCCGGCUGCGAGUGCCGGUCUGCUACGCCGCUGCAUUACCAUGACCAUAUAGCCUUGGUGGCUGGUGAUGGGACGCAUUUGUCCUGCCUUUGUGGGGACUUUCAGUCUGCCUGGCUGCCCGUUGUUGUGAGAAGUUGGACAAGUUUAAGACUCGAAUACUCGGUGGCACACUACACGUAUGCAAGUCGGGGAUUUGAUUAUGCAGCGGCAUAUAGCUUUAACGAUGACGCGAUGUGCGGACAGCGGACAUAUACCACGCAUUCUGGUGAAAUAUCGUCGCGCAAUGUGUCUGUAACGGGAAGUUUGAAUGAAUUCUUCUAUCAGCAAUGCACCUGGGUCCUAGAUUCCAAUGUCGAGCGUCAACUCUUCAUCGAUAUAUCUUCUGAACAGGACAAGUCCUGCAGUUCAUGGAACAUAACCAUCCACGAGUGGUCAGGCAGGGGAGCGCACAGCGACGGUGGGCUCGCUGCAUCAGCCGGCGACUUACUGUACACCUUCUGUGCUCGUCAUAAAAACCACACCUAUACACUACCUUGGAGAUUGAACACUGUCGUCAUUAGGUUGGUGGCUUUGUCCCGGCAACAGCCACUAUACACUAUACGCUGGCGCUCGCAAGUAGUGCGCGCCAACAACAGGCUCGGACCGCCGACCCCCGCGCCGGCCGCGUCCGCGCGCGCCGGCCACCUUGCCGCAAACAUUCUAGUGCAAUUACUUAUCUACUCCCUGUGGCUCCUCCUGAACAAACAUUAAAAAGUGCAUUUACAUACAUAGUUGAAAAACGAACGGUUGUUAGAUAUACAUACUUUUUGUACCACACACAUCUUUGUAAAGAAUAGCUCGUAAGUACAUAGCGUUUUCGAUGUACCGGUAAGUAAUAACGUAAAACGUGAAAUGUGGAUUGUGUUGACGUAUCUGUGGUAAUCGUUGUAAAUGACAAAUAGGGGUGGAAAUGUAUUUGCAAGUAAACAAUCCAUAUCGCGAUAACUAUUAGCUCUGGUAUUGAAGUGCGAUUGUAACAUUGUUUUACUCAUAUAAAAUGGAAUGGAUGUGAAACUAUUGUUUGUAUUUGUAUGCCUUUUACCAUCCCUAUUUAUCGAGUUUCCGCAUAUACUGUAACUCAUGGUUUGGCGCGCAUUUUGUUGUCAUCAAUACAUUUAUUUGGCGAUUCUCGUUCUAAACGCGUUUAAAUUUUUGAACCAUUUAAAUACUCUUCAAAAUAUUUUUUUUUUCUAUGUGUUAAUAAUCUGCAAACAUUUAUG